UGUCCGUAACCCAGCCAUCGGUCCCAGCUCCGUCCAGUACUCGCUCGCUGUAAUGGGAUUCCGCGAUUUCCUACUAGAACUCAACACACUCUAAGGCUGGUAAACUCGAGGAACACCAUCACCGAGGCUCGAUAUGGCUCCAUCUGCCGCACCGUCGCCUGCGAAUGCUGCACUAGGCAACAGCUCAGACAAGACCCGACGGGUCGAAGACGAUGAGGUCAAGCCAUAUGUCAUCGUAAGCGACUUGGGCAAGGGUAGCUUCGCUACCGUUUAUCGAGGGUAUCACGAGCAAACACACAGACAAGUUGCUAUCAAGACCGUCAGCAGAGCCGGCCUCAGUCCAAAGCUAUUCGACAACCUGAAGGGCGAGAUUGAGAUCCUGAAGACACUCUCACAUAGGCAUAUCACGAGGUUGUUGGACAUUGUCCAUGCAGAACGAAAUAUUUACCUCAUAAUCGAAUAUUGCGCCGGUGGAGACCUUUCCAACUACAUCAAGAAGCGUGGAAGGGUAGAAGGACUAGAGUAUAUCCCGUCUCCCGGCGCCGCGCCAGUGUACUACCCACAUCCACGGACAGGAGGGCUCGACGAGAUCGUUGUGCGUAGUUUUCUGCGGCAAUUAGCCCGAGCACUCAAGUUCCUGCGCCAACGAAACCUCAUUCACAGAGACAUCAAGCCCCAGAAUUUGUUAUUGAACCCCGCUGCACCCGACGAAUUGGCCCGAGGUCACCCGCUUGGUGUUCCCAUCCUGAAGGUCGCCGAUUUCGGAUUUGCGCGAUCGCUGCCCCAAGCGAUGAUGGCGGAGACGCUCUGUGGCUCGCCAUUAUACAUGGCCCCGGAGAUUCUGCGGUACGAGAAAUAUGAUGCCAAGGCGGAUUUGUGGUCGGUCGGUGCGGUGCUGUACGAGAUGGCGGUCGGCAAGCCGCCGUUCCGCGCGUCGAACCACAUUGAGCUCAUCAAGAAGAUUGACAACACGAAAGGCAUCAAGUUCCCCGACGAGGACCCGCGUGCCGGGGAAGAGGUUAAGCCGGUACCCAGUGAUGUCAAGAAGCUCAUUCGCGGGCUGCUGAAGCGCCUUCCCGCCGAACGGUGCAGCUUUGAAGAUUUCUUCGGGAGCACCGCCCUAGCAAAGUCUAAGUUCCCUAGGCCGGCGCCGGAGCCCCCAGUGUGGCCUGAUGAGCCCGAGGUUGAGUACACGUCUGAUGGGCGGCCGGUGAUCCCAGAGCACCACAAGGUCAUCCCGCCAGAAGUACUCGACCCUAAAGCGAUGAUCCCUCCUAGUAAGUUCAACUUCAGGAAGCGAGAGAUCGUCGGUACUCCGCCACAAGAUGGUUCUUCCAGCGCUAGUCCAACAGGGAUCGUCGAAGUUCCGAGGUCGCCUCGUGCCUCUCCCCGCCGAGAGUCGUCAACACUACCCAAGCCGUCGUCUACGGAGGGUCCUAUACCGGGGGAGACUGAAGAGGACGGGAUGCUUCGACGCGAGUACGUCCUAGUGGGUGAUCGAAAGGUGGUCGAGAUGAACCGCGCCGUCGACGAAAUCAGCACUGCCCGCCGGAGACCCCUUCGUGACCGGCGAAUGCAGCCUACGCCGUCACCGCUGGUCGACAGUUCGCCGCGAAAUGAUUAUGCGAGCUCGGGAGCACCUUCACCGGCGAGCGCGAACACGACGUUCCCGCCACCGCCGAAUCCGAAUGCGCCGCCGCCGCUCUCCUCUUCGCCGUCAAGCAUCGGCGGGCGGACGGCCUCGAACGCGCUCACGCGUGCGUUGAACCUCGCGUCCAAGAAGCUGUUUGGUUCCUCCGGCGCGCGGUCGUCUCCGUAUUAUCGCGAGUAUACACCGUCGACACCGUCAUCGCGGCGGCAGAGCAUUCUCUCGGGGCGGGGCCAGGCACUUGGCCUGCAGAUUGGCGGCGAACGCGAUCCAAUGGAGGAUGAGCUGCUUGCGUCGCUGGAGGAGCUUGCGCAGAAGACGGACGUGCUGACACAUUGGGCGGAUGAGAUGUAUGAAUAUGUCAAGGCUGUGCCACAGAAGCCUCUGCCUGAUCCAUCCAAGUUCAGCAGGCGAGAGGGUGAGCCAGAGAGGCAUGCAGCGAAGCGGAAGAAUGCGGACAUUCAAGCAGAAUACAAUGCGAUGACUUGCGUUGCGUUGUACAUGCUGCUUAUGUCAUUCUCACAGAACGGUGUCACGAAGCUGUGCAAUUAUUACGAGCACCUGCGGAUGCGCGAUCCGGAUGGCGAGUGUGAGAUGAGCGAAGGGUUUGAUGAAGCGCUGGUGUACUUCGAAGAGCAUUUCAGGAAGUGCCAUGAUCGCGCAGCGCUUGUCAAGACAUGGCUUCCUGCACAGUACACGGGCCCACCGACGUUCCUCGACCAGCUAGUGUACGACCGAGCGCUGAUGCUGAGUCGUACUGCGGCACGGAAGGAGCUACUUGAUCAAGCUACUUCACCGGAUGAAUGCGAGAAACUGUAUGAAGAAUCGCUGUGGUGCUUGUAUGCCCUACAACACGACCUCUUACAGAAGGACAACCCAUUCAUGGACGAGGACCGGGAGACAAUCUCUACUUGGAUCAAACGCACUAAGCUACGCCUCGUGCGGUGUCGCGUGCGGAUGGGCAUGAAUGAUCGAGAACGUCUGAAGGAUGCGCGCCUGGACAAGAACCUGGACGACGUCCCGCGCGACCCACCACCCUGGGAGGUGCCCGUGUUGCCUGCGGAGCGAACAGAGUCCAACUCACGGCGGCCGUCGUUCGUGCACCAAUCAUGA